GGUAAACUGGAACAGGUAUGAUCUAUUUAUAGAUAUAGAUGUCAUUUAAAUAUUUCCUGAUUGCAUGGUUACAAGGUCAUGGCAUCCAAUAAACCUGUACCAUGUGGACCUUGUCACAAACAAAAAGUAAACAAUAAAGCUGAAAUCUGGUGUUAUAAAUGUGAUGAAGGAUUAUGCUCAAAAUGUUUGAACCAUCACAAAAGAUCUAAAGGAACUCAAACGCAUCAGACAAUUGAUAUCAAAAGUCAUAACCGAUCCAUCCAGGCUAUCAAAACAGAAUGUGACAAACAUCACCAACAGCUCAAGCUGUACUGUCCAAGUCAUUUAAUUCCUUGCUGUGAUAAAUGUGUGUCUACUAGUCAUUCAAAAUGCACAGAAAUACAAAGUUUAUCAAGUGUAGUGGAGGAAACCAAUAUUGAAAAGUCGAAGGAAUCUGCAGAGAAAGACAUUAGUUCUAUCUUGUUUUUUCUUGACAAAUUAUUGAACACCAAAUCAAAAAAUAUCAAAACAGGAGAACAUACAUAUUUAGGUAUAAAGAAAUAUGUUAAAGAGAUUAGAAAGGAAAUAAACAAACAUUUAGAUCUCAUAGAGAACAAGUUAUGCCAAGAAACAGAUACCAUUUGGAAUCAGGAAAAAUUAAAAGCAACUGAUUUCAUUUCUGAAAUUGAAGGAAAAACGAAAAACUUAAAAGAGAUGAAAAACAAUUUGCAUGGCAUCACUGAACAUAAUACGUCGAAACUUCAAUCAUUUUUAUGUGUACAUUGGAUUGAACAACAAGUACACCAAUUUCAAAUGUAUGCUGAUAAUCUGGAAAAAGAUAAAAGGACCAAAGAAUUUGACAUCAGAAUGAAACAAAAUGGCGAGAUAGAAACUCUACUAAGUAAAUUAGAAUCGAUAACGUCCUUAGGAGAGGUAAUGGUCGUAAAGACAGACAUAGAUUUAAAUAGAGAAACAUCAGUUAAGAGGAAAGCACAAGUAGAAUCAAUAGAACAUUUCAACAUACACAACAUGACAAUGAACAUUGAGACUAAGAUAAAGACCAACAUCGGUGAAUGGAUAAGCGACAUUAUGUGUUUGAUAGAUGAUAGAGCAAUUGUAGUGAAAGGUGGGGGUAAAUUUGAAGUUAUCCUUGUUACUUCCGAUGGAAAAAAAGAAAAACGUCUACCAAUACCUGAAGGAUGUCAGAGUGUUACACAGAUCAAUCAGAAUACUAUUGCUCUAAGUUCUCCUUUUGAUAAAACAAUUAAGAUCUUCAAUGUGGAGAAGGAAAAAGUAACCAAAGUUAUCAAACUAGACAAAGUAUGCCAUGGAUUAUCAUUCUUCAAUAAUACUCUGGCUGUAGGGAUGAUGGGAGAUGAGGGUAGUGAAAUUCAUAUAAUAGACCUGGAUGGUAAAACACUGAAGUCAAUGAAGGUUCAUAGUGAAUCAAAUUUCUUUAACGUUGUAUAUUAUAAGGACAGAAUAACCUAUAGUGACCCUGGUAGCAAAACAAUUACAUGUACUGAUGGAUCGGGUAAACAGAUCUGGCAAUAUAAGCGGGAUUUGUGCAGACCGGAGGGUCUUUGUACAGAUGCUUAUGGGAAUAUCAUUGUAGCAGACGUUGAAUCUGAUAGAAUAAUAGCUAUAUCAAAAGAUGGACAGAAUAGUAAAGUACUGGUUAGGGCAGGAGAUGGACUAAAGACUCCAACAUGCAUUUAUUUAAAGCAUAAUGACUCCUCAGGUCUUAUUAGUGAUUACACUGGCACGUACUUGGCCAAAUUUAAGUUGUCCUAUGGAUAAUAUACAUAUUCAAUAAUCUUAAGAUAUCACCUGAUACGUCAGUAAUAAGUGAAGAAAUUUGACAUUUGGAGAAGGAUCUGCUUCCCUUCUGGAUCACAUGAGGUCACACCCCAGUUUUUGGUGGGAUUUGUGUUGCUUAGUCUUUAUUUUUUGUUGUUAUGUUCUCUGUACUAUUGUUUGUCUUUCUAUUUGUAUCCCUUGCAUUGUCAUUUUAUUUAAUCGAG